AUGGGGGGCUCUUAUGUGAAAGAGUUACUAGCAAUUCAGCAACAGGGUCCAAGAGCUAUUGGUUUUUUUGGGACCCGAAAUAUGGGCUUCAUGCAUCAAGAACUAAUUGAGAUUCUUAGCUAUGCAAUGGUUAUAACGAAAAACCACAUUUUUACAUCGGGAGCAUCGGGAACUAAUGCAGCUGUUAUUAGAGGUGCCCUAAGAGCCGAGAGGCAAGAGCUGCUCACUGUAAUAUUGCCGCAAAGUCUGAAAAUGCAGCCUCCAGAGAGCCAGGAGUUGCUAUCUAAAGUAAAGAACGUAAUAGAGAAGCCUCACAAUGAUCGUCUUCCAUUGAUAGAAGCCAGCAGGCUAUGUAACAUGGACAUCAUCUCACAAGUACAACAAGUUAUUUGCUUUGCUUUCCAUGAUAGCAAAUUGCUUAUGGAAACAUGUCAAGAAGCAAAGAACCUCAGGAAGAUUGUUACCCUUUUUUAUUUAGACUAG